CCCUUGAUCUCCCUUCCCCCCACCGUAAAUACACCACUGGUGGACCCGGUUAGGUAAUACACAGUACGCAUCCGGGGUGUUGACGAGACACGGACCAAUGGCCUUGUUAGUUACAUAAUAACCUGCUCGGUGCUCUGGAAAUCGCCGCCCGUCCUUGAAUCGUACCUCGUGACCAAGUUAACCUGUUGAAUAGUUCAAUGAGCAGUUCGGCCCCAAAGUCACCUCUGCGCAUGCGCCAAACUGUUUGUGAUAAGCGAUUGCCGAUGAAUACACAAAACUCAAAAUAUAACCGUCGUGACGUUAUCUUAUAGUCAUUUAUCAUUAUACAUUUUAUAAUUUCUAUUUUCUAUUGAGUAUUUGAAUAGAAGGCUUUAACUAAGACUGUGAAAAUGAACAAAUGUGGCAAGUCGAGAAAAUGUUGUAUUUUAUGUCUGAAGUCGCCACAUAAAGUACCUUAUCUUAGAUUGCACAUAUUUCCAAAAAAUGAAUAUCAAAGAAAUUUGUGGUUAAAUGCUUGUGGUUUGCAAGCUGAUGAAUGUUUGCCAAGUCGAUUAUUAUGUUCCAGACAUUUUGAAGAUACAUGUUAUACUAAAUGUGGUUAUCGCUUAAAAUCAAAUGCGAUUCCUACAAAAUUUUUAAAAGGGCAAGUCAUACGACCAUAUUUUCAACUACCUGAAUACAAAAACAUACAUUUGAGAUUAAAAAAUGAUGGACUAUCAAGUUCUCUUCAGCCAUCAACAUCUGAAACUGUGAAUGUCAGUUCCAAACUCAAACAAGGGCGGAAUUUGACUAAUAUUUAUACUGCAAAGGAACCUUCUAAAUAUUGUACCUGUAAGGAAGAAAAAGGCGGUAAAUCAAUUAUGUGUACGCAGGAAAAUUGCCCUAAUCUUUGGUACCAUUAUGUAUGUUUGGGAAUUAAACGCAAGCCAAGAUCAGAGAAGUGGAAAUGUAAAUUCUGCAAAUAAUAAGAAAUGUUUAUUUAAAUUAUGAGUUAACUUGUUUAUUUACAUAGUUUUGAAUAUACACAUAUAUUUUUUAAUAAAAUAAAAUUAUAAUAAUUUUAACUUAAAGGUAUUACUGAACUACACAUAUUUAUUAAUCCACAGCAAACCGUUACAAUAGAAUCUAAUAGACAUGUCUCAUCUUCUUGAUCCUUAAGGGUAGUUAUUUGUACUGGACCAUUUAAAA